GUGUGAGGUGAAGGAAGCAGAUGGAAGGAGAAGCGUCCACAUUAAUGCUGUAAACGGGGAUUUUGCUUUUAGAUAAUAAUGAGUGACUGAUAUAAAACCUUUGGAAUGUGAGUGUAACACCGGCAGGUCCAGGAUGGAGUCUCAGGUUCUCGCGUCACGUGAUUGAGGGCAGUCCUGGGCGGUGACGUCAUGCCAGAGGCCGGUUCUCCUGAGUCAGAUCUUUGCAGAUCCUCACUUCCGCGUUUCCGUCUUCUGUUGUAAACUGCGAAAGUCUGAAGAAGCGGAGAAAUGUCUCACCAGACCGGCAUCCAAGCUACUGCAGAGGUGAAAGAGAUCUUCACCAGGGCACGCAAUGGAGAGUACCGCCUCAUCAAGGUGGUGAUUGAGAACGAACAACUUGUUUUGGGAGGAACCAAAUCUGCAGCCCAAAAAUGGGAGGUGGAAUGGGACAGUUCCAUCCUGCCUGUGCUGGAGGACGAUAUGCCGGCGUACGUCCUCUACAGGCUGGACAGCACCAACAAUCAGGGCUAUGAGUGGAUCUUCCUGGCAUGGUCUCCAGAUCAUUCUGCUGUCCGGCAGAAGAUGCUGUAUGCUGCCACUAGAGCUACCCUAAAAAAGGAGUUUGGUGGCAGCCACAUAAAAGAGGAACUGUUUGGAACAGUGAAGUUCCAUCCUUCCCUGAGUGGUGAUCUGUUUGAUUUGGACGACGUAUCACUAAAUGGAUACAAGCGCUACUUGGCGUCGCAGGCUGCUCCGCUCCCACUGACGGCCGCUGAGGAGGAACUGAGGCAAAUCAAACUCAACGAGGUGCAGACAGACAUCCACCUGGAUACAAAGCAGCAGACAUUGCAGGGCGUCGCUUUCCCCAUGCAGAGAGACGCUAUGGAGGCCUUAGAGCAAUUCAGAAGCAAAAGCAUUAACUACGUUCAGCUUGAAAUCGAUUUUCCGAAAGAGUGCAUUAAGUUAUCCAGCACCGCUCCUACAGAGCUACACGACCUGCCCAAAAGAAUCCCUAAAGAUGCUGCACGCUACCACUUCUUCCUCUACAAACACACACAUGAAGGAGACUACCUCGAGUCCACAGUGUUUAUAUACUCGAUGCCUGGUUAUAAAUGCAGCAUUAAGGAGAGGAUGUUGUACUCGAGUUGUAAAAACCCCCUGAUAGACACGGUGGAAAACAAACUACACAUCAACGUUGCCAAAAAGCUGGAGAUAGAAAGCGGUGAUGAACUCACCAGUGACUUCAUGUAUGAAGAAGUUCACCCGAAGCAGCAUGCGCACAAACAAGCCUUCGCCAAACCCAAGGGUCCGACGGGGAAAAGGGGGGGCCGCAGGAUCACUCGAGCUCCAGGGGAUGCAGGGGAGGACGAUUAACACUGACACUUAACAACUAUGAACCUUUUUUAGAACUCCUGCUCUUCCCUAAAGCCCAUAACUCGUGUCUCAGUAGAUUUGGAAGACACUACAGUAGGAAGCAUCCUGAGUGAGCAGCUCAUUCAGAGACCUGUGAAAUGUAAUGAAGACACUAAAUGUACCUCCACUGCUUUCUUCAGACUUUGAUUUGCUUUAAAUAUACUAAAGUAUGAAGGAUGUUGAAACGCUGGUGUUUAGCUCAGAGUUGGGAUUUAAUUUAGCAGCUUUUUUAUUCCACAACACAGUGACGGAACUCAAUACAGCAACGAGAGCAGAGCGAAUGUUUCUCAUUUCUUUACCAAGAUAUUCAUGUUUAAUGGUUUAAGUUCCUGAUGUUCUGAGCUGAGCAGAGAUCUUCCACAGGAACUUUUAAUGAAGGAGUUUAAUGAAGAACAAAUCAUUUUAUAAAUUGACCAUGUUUUAUAAAGUAAAAUGCUUUAAUAACACAGAAAAAGGGGAAUUUUCUAAAUAACCAGUGAAACGUGAGCUUUUCCAAAAACAUUUUAUGUUGAAAUUCUAUUUUUCUAAACCUGCACAUUUGGUACUGCAAUUCCACAUUCACCUGUCCAAUCACCUCUACAUUCACCUGUCCAAUCACCUCUACAUUCACCUCUACAUCCAGCUCUACAUCACCUAUACAUUCACCUGUCCAAUCACCUUUACAUUCACCUCUACAUUUACCUGUCGAAUCACCUCUACAUUCACCUCUACAUUCACCUCUACAUUCACCUGUCCAAUCACCUCUACAUUCACCUCUACAUCACCUAUACAUUCACCUGUCCAAUCACCUUUACAUUCACCUCUACAUUUACCUGUCCAAUCACCUUUACAUUCACCUCUACAUUUACCUGUCGAAUCACCUCUACAUUCACCUCUACAUUCACCUGUCCAAUCACCUCUACAUUCACCUCUACAUUCACCUGUCCAAUCACCUUUACAUUCACCUCUACAUUUACCUGUCGAAUCACCUCUACAUUCACCUCUACAUUCACCUGUCCAAUCACCUCUACAUUCACCUCUACAUUUACCUGUCCAAUCACCUCUACAUUCACCUAUACAUCACCUCUACAUUCACCUGUCCAAUCACCUCUACAUUCACCUCUACAUCACCUCUACAUUCACCUGUCCAAUCACCUCUACAUUCACCUGUCCAAUCACCUCUACAUUCACCUCUACAUCCAGCUCUACAUCACCUAUACAUUCACCUGUCCAAUCACCUUUACAUUCACCUCUACAUCACCUCUACAUUCACCUCUACAUCACCUAUACAUCACCUCUACAUUCACCUGUCCAAUCACCUCUACAUUUACCUGUCCAAUCACCUCUACAUUCACCUAUACAUCACCUCUACAUUCACCUGUCCAAUCACCUAUACAUCACCUCUACAUUCACCUCUACAUUCACCUGUCCAAUCACCUGUCCAAUCACCUCUACAGUCACCUCUACAGUCACCUCUACAAUCACCUCUACAUCACCUUUACAUCACCUAUACAUUCACCUAUACAUUCACCUGUCCAUUCACCUCUACAUCACCUAUACAUUCACCUCUACAUUCACCUGUCCAAUCACCUCUACAUUCACCUCUACAUUUACCUCUACAGUCACCUCUACAAUUACCUCUACAUCACCUCUACAUUCACCUGUCCAUUCACCUAUACAUUCACCUAUACAUUCACCUCUACAUUCACCUGUCCAUUCACCUGUCCAUUCACCUCUACAUCACCUCUACAUUUACCUCUACAGUCACCUCUACACCUGUCCAUACACUUGUCUCAGCAGCCAUACUUUUUGUUUUCUAAUGUAAUGUUUUAAAAGCACUUGGACAUUUCAGGAUGCAGGAUGAUGUAAACAUUAACUUUGUUGAGCAUUUUUAUGAAGAUCUAUGAGCAUUAACUCGUUUUCUAAAUGAAUUGAAUUUCCAGCACAGUUCUGAACGCAGUUGCAGCUACUGAAUACACAAACCACUAUUCCUCUCGUACCUGUGUGUUAAUGACUCAUUUAUAUACAGUGUGUUUCUUCUGUCACGUCUGUUUUUAUCAAAUGAAACUAACAUAGGAAAAUAAAAAUAUUUAAAUUAUA